AUGGCGACCGUGGUAGAGGUGGCGGUGGUGGUUAUGGCGAUAGCAGUGGUGGAUACGGAAGUUGUAAUGGAGGUGGAGGAUAUAGUGAAGGUGGUGAUUAAUACGGAAAGGCGUGGAGGUGAUGAUGGUUAUGGCGAUGGUGGUUACGGAGAUGGCGGUGGUGGAUACGAAGGUGGAGGAAAUAGUGGAGGCGGUGGUAGUAAUAGAGAUGGCAGUGGAUACAGUAGUGGAGGUGAUGGUGAUGGUGAUGGUUAUGGAUACGAUGGUGGUUGUGGUUACGAAGGUAGUAACGGAGUUGAAAGAAAUAGUGGAGGCGGUGGUUAUAACAAAAGUGAAGGAGAUAGUUCUCCGGCGACGCCUUCUUCCUCAGUGGUCGUCCGGCUCCGUCUCCGGAAAGCGGUGGCUCUUUUAGCAUCGGCUUUGCCGGCUUUUGUCUCCGGGAGGAGAUGGCUUCUCUAG